UUGCAUUCGCAGGUAUUUUCUAACAUGUAUUUAGGGAAUAUGAUCUGGCUUCUCUGGUAUUUUCAAAUGUGAGAUAAAAAAGUAAACAUGUCUAACGAGGAUUUGGAUAUUAUUGACUUCGAAGACGUAAUUAUCGAGGAAACCGAUUCCUGCGAAACUGAAGGUAACCAUAUCGGCAGAAGCAGAACCGCAAGUGCAAGUGUGGAACAUGAAUCACCUUCCGUUUCAUCUUACCACGUUAGAACUCAGCUACUAGAUAUAGAACAGGAAAAUCUUCCAGCAUCGCGGAAAAGUAUUUCAAUUUCGCAAGUCUCAAGCCAUAUUGACACUAAUCUGGAUUAUUCCUAUUUGUGUAAACCAAGCGAUAAUCUUAACCUUAAUCGAUCUCUGCUAGAAUCACAAAAAGUUGGUGAUGAUAUUGAGUCCUGGAGAACAGUAGCGUGCAAUUCGAGAAAACCGCAAUACCCGCGGGUUUUGGAAAGUUCCAACAAAUUCAAUCAACAUUCAGACAUAUCGAAGUCUGAAUUUUCUCCCGAUUUUCUGACAACAUUGUUAAACCGUACGCUAACAGGGCAAAAAAUUCUUCAAAGAGCAAAACUAGCACCACUAUCAAACACAAGCCAAAAUGAGCUAUGUAAUAUAGUAGCUGAGUACCAUCUGAACUUGGGACGUGUUACGACUGAGCAUUUUCUUAAUGUAUAUGCUGAAGCAAUAAUUUGUCUUUUGGAUUACGAAAUUAAGGAAGAUUAUUUCAUACCACGUAAAGGAGACAAGAAAAAUCCCAGCGGAAAAUUAUAUAAUAAAAUUACUAACCUCAAACAAAAAAGACGAAAUCGAGAGAAAGCAGAAGGAGAACUUCUCAAUAAGCGUUCCAAAGUUAUACAGAUUGAUGCAUUUUGUGAAACUCCAGACCUAGAUGAUGCGAAUAGCUGGCUUUGUUUGAAUAGAAAACCGUGGAAUAUUGUUCUGGAGAAAUGGCGAGGAACACAUGUCACACGGAAAAAAUUGUUAUUGAAACCUAACCAAGAAGCUCUUUUAUUUGAAAAAUAUCCACAUUAUACUGAAACAUUUGGAUAUCAACUAGUAGAUAUCGAUUUCCAACUGUUGCAUGCAGGGAACAUUGAUGGUCUUAAAAAAUUACAAUACGAUCUUCCGAAGAUCACAAAAGUUUUGAACAGGACAUACACUGAUGAAUACUCAAAAGAGUUGCUUGAAUACAUACAAACACCGAACAUCAAUAUAGUUGUGGUAUUUUUAUCACCAGAUUCUCAGAUCACGUCUGUUUUAAUUCUGCUGAACAGUUUAUUGAAACCAACCAAGGUGACGCUGCAUUAUAAACCUUCGGUACUUGUAGCACAAGAAGAGAUAAUUAUAUUCGCAACAACGGAUGAUGAUGCUGUUUCAAAACUAAAUAGUUUUCGUGAAAUGUACGAGAGUUUAGGAUUCACUAUUAUCCCAAAAUUAAUCUUCCGUGGAUACGAUCACAAAUCUUUGUUUGGGCAGUUUGAGUUACGCUACAAAUCAGUUGUAUAUACUUUCGAUUCCGCACUGAGAGCAGUGGAUGCAUUAAUUAAAUUUGUAACAAUUCUUGGUUUAAAACAUUCAAAAAUUUCUCGCAUGGUUUGGCAGUUUUUACGUUCAACGUAUUAUGAAAUUCCAGAUGAAGCGGAAUAUUCAUCAAUAGUUAGAUUGCAAAGAUCUAUCAACGAACAAAGUGAGAAUUGA